CUAUAAAAAAUUAAAUUCAUCAAAAUCUCAUUAAAAAUUUUCUAUUAGGUUCUUCAAUAACAGUUGUAAAAUGAAAUUACUAUAACACAAUCUUUCUCGUAUUCGCUUAUUACUCAUUCAACUCGUCAUUUGUAUAGUGAAAAAAUUUUAGAGAAACAGCUGUUUAAAAUAAAGGAAAUUGUGUUUCUCGUGUAUGGGAAUGGUUUGAAGAAACCCGCCAUCUCUGUUUUUUUUUUCGGUUUGACCGCGAUAACCAGCAGCGGCUUUACUUCCGCGGCCACACGUAACGGUCGCGCUACUGUGUCAUUCGUAUUGAGAUUUUUUGAAGAGUAUUUUUAUUGAAAUUUAUUUGCAAACGGUUUGUACAUAAGUCAUCCUGUCUCAGCAUAAAUUGUUGAAUACGAAUACGGACGCUGACAGAUCAAACCGUUGCUCGUCAGACAGCGACAAGUAAGGGAAUACGAUGUCAUUUCGGAAAUAUUGAAGAGCUUGAAUCUUUGGAUAUUUUGCACAAAUUUUCUAAAUUUAAUUCGAAUUUUGAACUCGACGACCACACUUUACGACCGCUCUGUUUUCUGACACAACUCAGUACUCCGGUGUAAUUUUUUUCAACAAGAGGAUUCCUCAGCAGUUUAAAAUAAUGGAAGACUCUCUCGAAACAGUCUGUCGUCCCCAAAUUUUUUUGUUGGCUAUGUUGGGCGAUUGAAUCGUCAAUACGUCGAGGAAACAUGUACAGAUGUUACGGACUACUAUCGGGUGGAUGACAGGCUCGUCAAGGAUGGAGUCCAGCAAGAAAUCGGUGCCGAGUAGUAGCACUGUCGCACAAUCCGAGAGCUCAGACUCUAUAGAGGUAGACAAUUCACGUACAGUUUUGCUAAAGAUAGCAACACUGUACGCGGAGCGUCUUAUGAAUGAUAUUUGUCUUGUUGUGGAUGGCGUGGAAUAUCCAGCACAUCGACUUAUACUCUGUGCUUCUAGCGAUGUUUUCCAAGUGAUGCUGAUGAGCCCGCAAUGGAGCGAGUCUCAAGAAAGCAGGGUAACUCUCCAAGAAACACCGCAGUGUGCACCAAUAUUUAGCGAAUUUUUGCGCUAUUUUUACACUGGCCAGAUAAGGAUAAAUCAUAGCGUUGUUCUACCGAUAUUGUCCUUAGCCGAUAAGUACAACGUCAAAGAUUUGAUAUCGUUGUGCCUUGAUUACAUGCGGAAUCAUGUCGCACUGGCUGCUAUACACGGCACUCUGGUAUCGUGGCUGCAAUACACGCUGAAUUGCGGGCAUCAUGACAUUAGCCAAGCGUGCCAAAACUUCAUCAAGUGGAAUUUGGAGCUUGUGGCCAAGACUGCAGAUUUUGGGAAUUUCGAUUUAGAUAUCUUAGUGUCCUUGUUGCAUCAAAGUAGUUUAGUUGUGAAAGAUGAAAUGACGCUCUAUAAGUGCCUAGAAUAUUGGCUGAAUUAUCAAACAGGUCGUUUGAGAAAGCAGCUAUCGCCGGACGAGUUGGAGGCGACGUUGCAUCAACUGGUCAUAGCUGUUAUGUCGCCUGUUAGAUUCCCAAUGAUGUCACCACGACAAUUGGCAGAUUUGUUGCUGUCGCCAUUGACAAAAAAGUAUAAGGAAUUCUUUGUGGAACGUAUGUCGAUCGGCAUGUCUUUCCAUUCAGGACAAAUCGACAGAGUUAGAGAAGUCAGCAUGAACGAAGAGGAUGGCGCGUUGCUCUUUGAGCCGAGAUUGUAUACCGUUGAUACAUGCAGCUCGUUAUUGACCAUAGAAAAUUUUCACAGUUUGCCAUCGUAUCAUAUGAGGACACUUGUAUUUUCUAGUCACUCCAGUUUAGCGGAAUAUGCAGGCGAUAGAGUUUGCGAGUGGGUAGUAGACAUUUAUCCCAAAGGUGUGUGGUUCAAGAAAUUUUUUCUCAUAGUAUGGCAGGGCACAGUGGAGAUGCCUGAGCACGUCAAGCGAUCGGUAAGAUUGUCGUUGACCUGCAAGGAACCGUUAAAUAAUAACAUGCGUGUGAAAAUCGGAGUUUUGAUUUACGGUUUGCAAGACGGCGUUGAGCAUAUUGCGAGAGUUACCGAAAUUAUUCACAGAUUUAGUAAGAAGGAUCGCGUUUUGAAUCUCGACGAUCUUUUACCAUUCGAGGAGCUCAAUCCACAACAGGGCUCAGUAUCGGAAAACGUGGUAUCUCCCUUUUUAGUGGGUCCCAACAAAGACAUGCUCAAAUUACAUAUUGUUAUAUCGCCAGCGAAUUAAUAUUUAUUUUAAAAAUCUGCGAUACGAAAGUGUUAGUGUCAAAAAAUAAAUAUUAAAAAUGUUCAUGUUCUACAUCAGUGCUAAGAUUUGUAAGUCAUUUUUGACUUAAAAUUGAAAUGUGUUGGUAUUUGUGUCUAUUCUCAUUCCUACUGUUUAUUUUAUUUUUUUUACAAAAUACCAUUAUGAUUAAUUUUUAAUUAUAUAUAUAUAUAUAUACUAUUAUUAUAUAUUAAAUAUUAAUUUGACACAGACACACCGUAUCUACUUAAUUAAAGCAUACAUAUAAAAUUAUAUUUUCUUAUUACAUAUAAUGUAUUCUUUGCAAUUGUAUAUAUUUAUUUUAAUAUUAUAUAGUAUGUAUUGGUAAUAAUUUACUUCUAAACUUUGAAUGAUACAUGUUAAAAAUUUUUAACAAUCUCAGACUAAAUUUCGCUUCUAAAACAAGUCUAGAAAAAACAGCUAUAAAGUUAAGAGUAGAAAUGACAAUAGAACACAUUGUUACAUUUCAAUUUUAAAUCCAAAACAGAUCCUGCAGGUCUGUUCUGUAACUUUUAACGACGGUUCGAUGUCGAUAUUGUAAAAUUGCACAAAUAUUUUGGCUGAUAUUUAUAAUCGAUUUCUUAUUUCAAGAUGAGCAUAUUGCAAGAGAUUUGAGUAAUUUCUUAAAAUAGUAAUACAAUUCUAUGAUUGAUAACAUGUUAAGAUUGAAAUAAUCUUAAAAAUAAAAAUUGUUUAUAUAAAUACUGAUUUGUAUAUAGCAAAAGAGCUGCAAUGACUCUGUAACAAUACCAAACUGUCGUUAAAACAUACAAAAUAAACUCAUUAAACAGCACUGAUCUAGAUUUUUACAGGAAUUUUAAUAAAAAAAUAUGAAUUAUAAGUUCCUGAAUUCUUUAUAGUAUACAGUUACAUUAAUUUUAUUUUUUAAGAUUUAAGAAAGACGAAUAUUUUUCCAACAUAUAUAAAACAAUUAUAUAAAAUGAUAUAAAACAUGUAUUCCGUAUAUUUUCGGACAUUUUGUUCCUAAAUCUCAUAUAUGACUGACUUCAUCAAACGUUACACUAUUUACAUUUAUAUGAUCCCAAUAAGGUGUAUGUAUUACAUUGCAAGUAUAAUAAAUGCAAUGUAAUUCAAUAAAAAAAGAAAAACUUAGCAUAUAUUCAGUAAAGAAAAGAACUUAGUCUCUGCUAUUGUGCUGUAAGUGUAACUAUUGUAACUAUUUAAAAUUUAAACAUAUAAACUCCUAUUCCUAUGAUUUUAUCUAACAGCUGUGUGCGUGAGUGCGCAUAUUGUAUAUAAUUGAGAAUGAAAAUCAGUGAGAUUGUCAUAACACGUAACAAUACAGAAUGCAAUUUGUGAACAUAGAUAUGCGUUAAUAGGCUGUAUGUUAUCCGAUGUUCUGCAAAUCGACAUUUUUGUAACGAGACAUACAAUCGCCAAACAAAAAAUAACUAAUUUUUCUAAAAUAUUGCAGAAUUUGCAAAUAUUCUAUCUUAUUAAAGAGAAAAAAAUGGGAAAAUGCUUUUUUUUCAAAAGUGCUGUUUUUUAUUCUAUGAAUGCAUUUUUAAAUGCAGUUUACUAUUAUUAAUUAUUAUAACAAAUUUGGGAUAUUGAAAUAUGCGAAUUUAAUGACUGUUGCAUAUGAUUUUAUAUAUUUAUUAUAAUAUUUUGUUUUCUCGCUACUUCAAUGACAAAAUUAAUUAUUGGAAUACCACAAUUAUAUUUUAAAUAUCCCAUGAUUAUUUUCAAGUUAUUUAUGCAGCGACAUUAUUGUAUCCGCAAUAAAAUAUCUGAGACUAAAUAAAACAUUUAUUCUUAAAA